CUCCUUUCCCUCUAUCUCUAUCUUUCUCUCUUUCUCUCUCUUUUUUUUUUCUUCUUCUCCAUCACUUGGUUGACAAUGACUUCCUCGAUUUCCCUUGACCCUCCUUUUGCUUAUAAUCCAGGAUGCAAACCAACAAAAAGUAUUCUAAAACAGCGAGCAACGACUACCUCUACAUCUUGGCUUGCAAGAUUAUCCUCUACCGAUAUCUUCCCGCCACCUCAAACACCAAUACCAUCACAACAACAGCAACAACGCUCGUUUAGUCUUUUCCGGAAAUUGAUCAAUAGUACUUCUAAUGCUACAACCAUACAAAACUCAUCACCGGUAUCAACAAAUACGACUCCUUCUGUCAAUAGUCCAACUGAAAUAGAUGAAUUAUCAUCUGCCGAACUGAAACGUGUGCGAUUCUCUGUCAACAAGCUGACCACCGAAUACUUUCCUUAUUCCACUGAUGACAAUGAAGAUAACAACAAUCCUGUUACCAAUAAUACCGAAAUUACAACAUCUCCUAUUCCCACCACAACGUCUGACAAAACUGAUACGACACAUACAACCGAAAUGACAACUCCCGAAAAAGUAUUAUCAUAUUAUGAAACAGCCUGUAAAAAUAAAGAGGAACCCCUAUUGGACGCAUUUACGUUUUCUUUAUUGUCUCAUCCACAAACUUCUAUCUUGACACAUAUCGAUUUGUCUAAUCAAGAACUCAAUCGACGAUCCGUGGAACCUUUUGCUGAUGUGCUAUGUCUUGAUCUUGGAUUGGAAAAACUAACACUAAGAAAUUGCCAGUUGGAGGAUGAAAGCUUGAAGGUGAUUCUACAUAGCUUACUAGUCGUUAAUCAAUUGAAACAUUUAGAUCUCUCGGACAACAAAAAGAUUCAGACGAAUGGAUUUAAAUAUAUAUCGAUCUAUAUCAAGGAAGCAUCUACUUUGGAAGUUCUGGAUCUGUCUGGUACAAAUCCUGACAAGAAAUCUAUCAACUACAUUUCUCAGGCACUCUCUCAUGCAUCAACACGAACGACAACAUCUAGCUUGAGUAAUUCCGGAUUACGAAAAUUGAUAAUGAAUACUUGCAACUUGCGACAAACUCACCUAGAAAGCUUGGGGAAUGCUAUUCGAAGAUCAUCAUUAUUAUAUUUAUCUUUAUGCAAUAAUCGUAUUAAUCAACAAGGCGCUAUCUAUAUUGGUGUUAUGCUUCGAGAUUAUGAUGAUCCUGUUACUCAAACGAAUGGAAACAUACAAAGUCUUCGUGGAUUACAACAUUUAGUACUAGAUUACAACGAUCUUAGACAAGGUGUACAGUAUAUAGCUCAGGCAUUACGAAGGAAUCAAAGUUUACGAUCUCUAUCUAUGACGGAUUGCAAAUUGGAUACACAGUGCUGUGUCUCAGUUGCAGAAGCAUUGAAAUACAACCAGUCUCUUGAAAUUCUCUCAUUAUCCUCAAAUCCACUCUGCAAUGAGCAACAACUAGAAGGGAUUAUUUCUUUGAAGCAAUCACUAUAUUGCAAUCACUCUUUAUCUGAACUGAAUCUGGCUGAUACUGGACUUGGCUCUGAAGCGGCUGUACAAUUGGCUGAAUGUCUUCCAGAAAAUACCAAAUUAGCCAGGCUCGAUCUUUCCAGAAAUUCAAGCAUUGAUUUGACUGGCUUGAUGGCUCUGAUGUCCGGAUUACAAAUGAAUUCAACUUUAGUCUUUUUGGAUGUGAAUAUACCUGCGAAAAAUCGUGAUAUGGUCAAGGUACAGAGCGAAAUGGCAGCUUUAUGUACACGGAAUGCACAAGUCGUUGAUAAUAAUAAUAAUAAUAAUAAUGUAUCACGUACUCCUUCACUCAACUCAAUUGAUACCAAUCACUCAUCCAUUACUACAACUCAUGCGACGGCAAGACUUACUUUACAAGAAAGACUGGCCGCAGUGACCAAGGGAAAGAAUUCUAGAGCUAAUUCCAUUCGAUCCAUGAACUCUGUAGAAAAUUUACGACCAACAUCAUCACCAGUAUCAAGAUCAACGCCAGAAGUGCCUAGUAGAAAUAGAAAGGUGCAAACGAAUUUUGAUGUGGAAAUGAGUCAAGUUGGAUUACUUGAAGAAAUGCUUCAAGCUGAAGAAUCAACAGAAGAAACACAAGAUGACAAUGAUAUUCGACGCCCUAACGACGCUAUUGUACAAGUAUAUCUUCAAUGCAGAAAAGGCCUUCUCAAUUUGAACAACAGUAUACCUCAACUCAUGGACAGUGAUCAUCUAAUGGAUCUUUUGGGAUUGAACGACCGCCUGACUUCAGCUAUUGCUAAUUAUGAAGAAACCUUCAACAAACCACCAAGGAUGCCAAACCGACCUACCAAAACGACGCAAUCGCCCAUUGACAACAGUAAUUCCAUUGACAAAGAGCGAUCUGAGUCCCCUUUUGAAAUAGGUGAAGAUGAUGAAGAAGAAGAGGAACAAGACGACGUGGAUGAUUCAAACGUAUUAAAUGAAACGGACAGCAAGGAUAUUCAUGAAUUACGAAAGGAAAAAGAAGUGGAAGAAGGGACUGCUUUCAAGCAUGCCAAGGAUACAGAGGAUACCAUAUUAUGAUAGGAUAAUAUAUGCUUUGUAGUUAAUUCUUUUUAUUUAUUUGAAAU